AUGGCACCUGCUGACGUCCUGGUAGCUUCCCGCGUGAACAGUAUGGUGGGGCUCGAGAUGUGCUCUGCUACACCGUCUGACAAGUGCAAGUUGCCGUCUACUCCUCGACUACUUCAACACACAAGCAUCCACGCACUCAGCAAAAUUGUAGCAGAUGAGACCGAUACGACUCAUACACAACUAGAAGCUGAAGUGGAGAGUUUUACGUCGCCGAUUACCCUCAAGCGCAAGCGACAAUCACUGUCGCCUACGUCUGCAGGAAUAUUAGAUUGUGAAGGUCCUGAGACAAGUCCCGAUGAGCAGGAAGACUCGCAGCCGUCACAAUCUCUGCCCGAGGAAACGAAGAUGACAUCGUCAACGCCAUCGAUUCAACGUGUUGUGGUCAAGAAUAGAGAACGUAAACGACGUAAAGUGGACGCAAUCAAAAAUGCUUUGAAGCGAUUCCACGAAGAGGAGAAAAAAACUCCACGAUGUGUCGAGUAUACGACCAUUUGCCAUCCAAAAUACAAAAACAAUAGAAACACAAGUAGAAGACGAGAGGCUGCCAAAAUGCGCGUCCAAGUUGGUAUAUCACUCGCGCAAGGUGCAAGGCAGUACAUGGAAGAUCGAUACUCGGCGGUUGAGCGUUUGUUUGAGGAUGAGAUGGACGCUGAAUCGUCCCCGAGUUUGCUGGCGGUAUACGACGGUCAUAACGGUGCGUAUGCAUCCGAGUAUGCCCGUCGUCGUUUUAAAGAAUUGUUGGCUGGGAACAAAGACCUCGUAACGAUCAGUCGGCGCGCGCGGUACGCCGCAUUAACCGCCGACGAUGUGGAGAAUAUCUGUGAGCUUCUGGCUGACGCGUUUGCAACGGUAGAUGCUGAGAUCUUGCAGCGCACUGUUAUUUUAAACAAACGUGACGGCUCGACGGUGCUGCUGGGAUUAUUGGUCGGCGGCAAGCUUUUUGUUGCCAAUCUUGGAGACUCGCGCGGUGUGUUAGCCCAGGCAGACGACAAUAGUGAGGCAAGUGACGAUGAAGUUGAGGCGCCAAGUGCUGUGCGUCUCUCAACUGAUCACAAACCCGACCUGAAGGAGGAGAUGGAUCGCGUGAGAGAGGCAGGAGGUAAAGUCAUUUUUUCCGGGUGCUGGCGUGUAGCUCACGACCAAAUCGCGCUGCGGUUGGCCAUUAGCCGAUCUCUAGGUGACCACCCACUUAAGACGAAUCUGCCAUCGUCGUGCUCAGCUCCGCUAGUGUCGGUGAUUCCGGAUGUUCGUGUUCUUAAUGUGGAAGCAGCUGGUGAGUAUCUCGUGUUUGCAAGCGAUGGUCUCUGGGACCGAUUGAGUGACAAUGAUGCAGCCAAAAUUGUGCGCGCCAAGGUUGCUGAGUUCUAUUGGUCAGAAGAACACACGAGCUCAGAGGAUGUAACAAAGGAGGCGCUACAAUUCGCAGCCAACGCCCUCGUGGAGGCUGCCCUACUCAAGCACAGUAUGGACAACAUCACAGCCAUGGUCAUCUCCUUUUCAGAGCUGCCCGACAAAGAGAACCCUAACGUUUAA